UAUGUUUCUGAAAGUGUCAGCCUGACCGGGUGGAGAAUGCAGUGGUCAAGGGCGCCGUUUUUAUCAUUUCUUUUCUCUAAUACCUCUUCAAUGGACAAAUGAUGGAAACUUCCAGUUAAAUCCAAGAUGACAUCGGCGAUCAGCCAAGUGUCAUUGAGUGAACUGCCCAUGGAUAACUGGAUGGCAAAUCUGCCCAGUGCACUGUGGGAUACACCUCUCUGUUACAUGGCUAUUCCAGGGAGCCAUAAUGCCAUAACCUACUGCCUGGAUAAGAAUGACCGCUCUCCAGUGGACCGCACUCAACCAGAUAUGUUGCAAAAGCUGGACAAGUACAUGAAACCCAUCAUCAGGCCAUUUGUAUACAAAUGGGCAAUAGCACAGGAGUCUUGCAUUAGGGAGCAGUUAGAUUGUGGAGUGCGAUACUGUGACCUGAGGAUAGCACAUAGGCCUAAUGACAGAUCAAAUGAUCUCUACUUCUACCAUGGUGUUUAUACCACUAUGACUGUGGAGAAAGUAUUAAAAGAGAUCAGAGAGUGGUUGGAUGUUCAUCCAAAGGAGGUAGUCAUCCUCUCAUUUAGCCACUUCCUUGGCCUCAAUCAAGAGCUUCACACACUGCUUGUCUCAACUAUAAAGAGUGUUUUUGAUUCCAAACUCUGCCCCAUAAUGGACAGUGUGACAUUACGGACAUUGUGGAGCCAGGGUCAUCAAGUUAUCGUUUCAUAUGAGGACAAUAUUGUCAACAGGCACAGAGAAUUGUGGUUUCAUAUACCUUAUUGGUGGGCCAACAAGUGCAAGGCUGAAGCGCUGAUCGAGGAAUUUGAACGUAGAAAACAAAAUGGCCGGCCAGGCGGAUUUUUUGUGACUGGCAUCAAUCUUACUGAAGAUCUGAAGUACAUAUGCUCCCAUCCCACAGAAUCACUGAAGGAUGUGGUGAUGUCUACAUAUCCCACGUUACUCAGCUGGGUCGAGCAACAGAAGCCUGGCUCUAACCCCGGCUCCCUCAACAUCAUAGCUGGGGACUUUGUGACAGAGAGACAAUUCAUACCUACCGUUAUUGCACUGAAUGAAAAUCUGCUCAACAGGACCAUAAUACCAGAGCCUUGACCCUCUUUAAGCUUGCACAAUGUAUUUAAGAUUUAAAGAAUGAAGUGCUUCUCGUUCUUGUGAUGUUUUUAUACUAGUCAACUUUGCUCUUUUUUUAUAAGGGUGCUUACACUAUAGAGUUUAUGCUGCGUCAGCUCCAUUAAUUUCAAUAGUUAUGGUGCAUUGUAAGGACUUUCCUUACCCUCAAAAUGGAUGCUGUCCAUCAAACGCUCCAUCGUAGAGCUGUAUCUAGUGUGUAAGCACCCUGAGGGUGAUAGAUAAUUUUGAGUUAUGGGUAGAAUAAUGUAAUGCACUGACUUUUAUGACUUGAAUUUACUGUCUUAAGCUUAUUUAUGCAGUCUCCAAUAUAUACCUCUGAUUUUGCAAAAAUGUUGAUCAUUUUUAAGGUUCCAACAUGUCAUGAUCAAGGUCCCGGUUACCUUACCACAACUUUACGUACAGUACAGCACCAGACACAAGCACAUUACAGGACACAAUAAGUUCCCUGGGAGUUUCACAGUUUGAAGUUUGCAUGAGAAUUGCUGAAUACUACUCACUGCAAGCCUCAAAUAGGAUUAUAAAACACUCAGGAUUGUUCAUUUUUUAUGAUCUAUGCUCUUUUCAACUUUCUACUCUGUGAUGGCAAAGGAAAUAUGAUUCAAAUAAGUACAUGUCUGCAUGGUGCACACAAUCAAAAGCAUGAAGAGACACUGGUAUAUUUCUGUGGUUGCACAUACUGUAUGUUCUCUGCCAUAGUAGCAUGCAAUUUAAACCAGUUUAAUCAUGAUAUCAGUUUGCUUUACAAACAAAUAUGCUUACUAAACAAUAUCAGCAGUUGAAUGGAAUAUAAAAUAUUCACAUUUAAUAUUUGAA